GAUUUAAAAGAUUUUAUUAUUUUUCAUGAAAUUAAAUUUGAUCAAAUUUAUUUAUCAUGAGGAAGAGGGGAAAUGUUUGCCAUUUUCACUCGACUUGUCAAGAGAUUAUUUAGUCGAAAAAUAUCUAUCCACAGGUGAUUCCCUCGACCCGUCGUCCUCGUCUUCUUCAUCCUCCUCUCUCGUUUUUCCCACGUCAAUUUCAGAUCGUGAACUCCCUCACACAGUCUCUGUUGCGCGGGGCGUAUUCACACGGUUGAAGAUAUCCAAUCGAUUGCCUGAAUCCGCCCAAUUUUUCAGAAACCAGUCCGUGUAAUGUCUGUUACUUCUUCACCCCCGCCAUCGUCGGAAGCGCCGCCGCCGCAGCAGCAGGCGUCUCCGGUUCUGGAGGAGAAUAAGAAUCGAGACGAGUCCGAGACGACGCAGGCUGUGAAGAAGGAGAAAGAAUCGGUCCAUAAAACUAAGACCAUUCAGUUUCUGGGCCGGACUGCUCCCAUCAUUCUCCAGAAUGACAAUGGCCCCUGCCCUCUCCUUGCUAUCUGCAAUGUACUGCUAUUGAAGAACAACAUAAGUUUGAGUCCUGAUGUUGCCGAGGUUUCACAGGAAAAGCUGUUGUCCCUUGUUGCAGAUCGACUUAUAGAUUCAAAUAGUAAUAUCAAUAACAAAGAUGCAGGAUAUAUUGAGAAUCAGCAGCAAAACAUUGCAGAUGCAAUUGAUUUGCUUCCCAGACUUACAACUGGAAUUGAUGUAAAUAUAAAAUUUACGAGAAUUGAUGACUUUGAGUUCACUCGAGAAUGUGCAAUUUUUGAUCUGCUGGAUAUUCCACUCUAUCAUGGUUGGAUAGUUGAUCCUCAGGAUCAAGAAACUGCAGAUGCAAUCGGAUUGAAGUCAUAUAAUACUCUGAUGGGGGAGCUAGUUGCUCUUGAAGCAGACCAUAUUGACAGAAGUAAACAUGAUAAAGAAAGCAUUGAAGAUGAUGUUGUGAUCGAUUUUGCUGCUGCAACAACUGCAGCACUAGGUGUACCUUCACCUUGUCUUUCAAGGAGCAGUAGAUCUUUUGACAAUUCUCCCGUUUCUGUUUUAUGCGAUGAUGAUAACCCCAUGGAGGCUAGAAAAGGCGACCUGGAAGAAAAUGAGUUGUCGAGAACCUUGAAACUGUCAUUAGAGGAAGGAGAUGUGGCAACUUCAUCUAAUGCCGAGGGCACCGUUGUAAAAGAUACUACCGAACCAAACUCUGGUCUUGAAUCAUCAUCGUCAGGGAGUACAGAUUUGGUGGUCGAGAAAGAAAAACAAAGUCCACAAACACCCCCUGAGCCAUCUGCAGAAGAAGUUCAUUCAUCUACAUGUGAAAGACGUGACGCAGAAGAUAAAAGCGAUUGUAAUGUAGACUCUGAUUUGUCCAGUGGAAGAAAAGACAUAGGUGAAACUGAAACCAUUUCUUCUAGUGUUGAUGGCAGUGAGCCUAUCUAUGAAGGAGAAGAAUGCAUAUUGGAAUCAGAAACUGGAAACUAUCAAAAUCGUGAACCAAUGUAUGAAGGCGAGGCGGUUCUAACUGAACAAGCGAUUGGAGACAGUAGAGAUAUUCACAAGCCUAAUGUCACACCAAGUGAAGGGGAAUUGAUCAGGAAUUUUCUUAAUACCAGUGCAAGUCAACUGACUAUCUAUGGUUUGUUUUGCUUGCAAGAGGGACUCAAAGAGCGUGAACUUUGUGUGUUCUUUAGGAACAAUCAUUUCAACACCAUGUUUAAGUAUGAAGGGCAAUUAUACAUUUUGGCAACAGAUCAGGGAUACUUGAACCAACCUGAUUUGGUAUGGGAAAAGCUCAAUGAGGUGAAUGGGGACACAGUAUUCGUGACUGGUAGUUUUAAGGAUUUUAAGUUGGAAAGUCAUGAAGAAAAUACACCCUGGGAUGAACAGAGUGCGUUGGCCAGUACAGCUGACUAUAUUGCCAGCAUUGACAAGCCAGUGGCAGGACAAUCUGGUUUCAAUUCUGAUCUCCAAUUGGCAAUAGCACUUCAGCAACAGGAAUUCGAGCAGCAGCAAGCACCACAGCAGCAGCAGCAGCCCAGUAUAAAUGCCGGGUCAGGAUUGAUAACCGGUCCUCAGGUAUCAAGGUACAGUGCACAACAGGUGUCAUCAUCUUCAUCUUCCAAGCAGGAGACUCCCAAGUCAUCAUCUUCUUCAAAAGAUAAAUGUAUUCUGAUGUAAUUAGUUAAUAUUGGUGUGUUUGUGCGCUGUAAAUCACGUGAACGUUUAGAUUUUUGUUUCUUCAUUCACACACAGACGAAUGGCGCCAUAUAUAUUUAUUUUCUAAUCAAAACUUUGGUUUUUCCCUUGUCACACCCACUGCCUAAAGUUGGUACAUUGUUGAGAUGAAAUUUUAUUUGUUACACGCAAAGUCUCGCUAAUCACGUGUUUGACUCCCAUAUAGUUAGCUGUAGAGCACAUUAUACUCUGUAAUAAUACGAAGCGAUACUAUGCGUUUG